AAAAUAACGUACCUAAAACCUACCGGCUUCUAGUAGUACUAAGGUACUACCAGAAAGCUCUCAUCAGCGCCUCUGAACUACCUGUAGACCGACACUGGAAAGCUCUCGAAGCUCCCCUGUGAAAGCAGCGCGAAAGCAGGCCACUAAGCUUAAUGCACAAGCUGCGAAGUGACGCCGCCCCACCAGAGUGUGAUACUCGACUGGAACCCAAAGUACCUGCUAGUAGUAGUGCAUGCCCACCCAUGAGAGUUCAAAUAUUCCAUGGAACAGCGCUGGUUCUGACAAUCAGUAUAACUUCACUCACCACUUCUCAGAACAUUCAUAUCCCUCAGCUGCUUACCCAACUAGCCCGUAAAGCUGUUCGUGACCAGCACUAUAAGUAGCCAAGUGGUGCCGUUCCUCAAGCUGCAAAGAAACAUAAAAGAAGCCCUCCGCUUGAGGCUCCUGACUAUCCCCAAUCUGCUAGCCCCAGCUCGUUUUCAACAAGUUUUCACUGCCCAAAAUCGCACAAUCGAGGCGCCGUUCUGUCCUUUUCCUGCCCACAUUUGUCGUUUUCCUGCCCACAUUUCAACCAACACAUUAUCAUUUCAUAAGUCCUUCCAAACCUCAGCGCGUGAGGAGAUGACGGCCCCAAGAGUGGUCAUCAUUGGAGGGGGCCUCGGCGGGGCGGCAGCUGCCAAGAAGCUGGAGUCCACCUAUGACGUCACCCUGAUCGACGAGAAAGAGUUCUUCGAAUAUCUCAUCGGGAGCGUGCGGUUCUUCGUCGACGAGAACGCCAUCACCCAGGGCACGUUCCUCCACUCCGAGUACCUCAAGCGCACCAAACUCGUCGUCGGGCGCGCUGAGACGGUCGCCCCCACCCACGUGGAGACGGAUUCCGGCGAACGGAUUCCGUUCGACUUCCUGAUCGUUUCCUCUGGGUCGUCGUUCGCCGGAACGCCCAAGACGCUCGAGGAAAAGCGGCAGUGGUAUCGGGAGCAAUACGAGGGGAUCAAGGCGGCUGACAGCGUGCUCAUUGCGGGUGGUGGCCCGACCGGUGUCGAAAUUGCCGCCGAGAUCAUAACGUCAUAUCCCGACAAGAAGCUGACGUUGGUCCACGCGGGGGAGCGGUUGGUGCCUUUCAUGAACGAGAAGGCGUCCGCCAAGGCAAAAGAUUUUCUGGUGAAGCGGGGGGCGACCGUUCUGCUCAACGACAAGGUUAACUUGAGCAACACGAGCACGCGCGAGUUCCGCACGACUUCCGGAUACGCCAUCACGGCGGACUACACCCUCGCCGCCACGCGCGCGCGCUUCGACAGCGCCUUCAUGCGCGCGCACUUCGCGACCGCGCUGAACGCGGAGGGGCGGGUCAAAGUGGAGCCCAGCCUACUGGUGGAGGGGACACGGAACAUUUUCGCCAUCGGUGACGUCACCGCCCUCCCGGAGGCCAAGCAGGGCUACUACCUGACCGCGCACAUCGCGACCGUCGCCGCGAACCUCCAAACCCUGGCCAAGAACGCGGCCGCGACGCGGCUGAAAUCCUACAAGGCGCAGACGACGACCGCGGUCGCGCUCGUGUCGCUCGGCAGGAAGGACGGCAUCAUGCAGACGCCGUUGCUGACGUUUUCGGGCUGGGUGCCGGCGUCACUCAAGAGCAAGACCCUUUUCUUAGACAAGGCGAGGAAGGAUUUCGGCCUUGCGUCAUAAAGGGGGCGAUCGUUUUGUGUUUUCGGAACUGCUCGCAGGCUGCCAGCGGAAAGCAAGUCGGGUUUCCAAGUCCGUUCUGCAUUGAUAGAAGUUAAUACGCUUCGGUUGACUAGAUAACUGAGCAUAAAUUGACUGUUUCUGAGGAGGCAAGCACUGGGUUGGCCCUUGUAUAGACAAAAAAUUUAGCCGUUGUGAUAACCGUCAUGCCGUCAAGUCUACCUGAUAUAAGAACCACCGUACGGUCGAGGGCCUUAAGUAAGUAGGGGUGUGUUAUAAUGGCAAACUCAUCUUGUCAGGGAGUAUAGGCGAGCUGCAUAGAGCUAUUGUGCUGGCCGCGGACGGUUCCUAGGAAGAGAUUUGAUAUAGGAACACUAAUCAAUUGAGUUAUACAAUCCAAUGGGUUAAAUGUCAGUUGUAUCUAAUGAUUUGCAGGCUACCGAAGACUUUUUUUCUUUCAAUAGCACUUCGGUUUGUAAAAGCUAUGAGUUCCAGUGUUGCAACACGCGGC